CGGCGGGUGCCAGCGAAAAAGGUGUCCCGGGCCUGUGUGCAUUGUCGGAAUGCACACAUCACCUGCGACGACAGCCGGCCAUGCCAGCGGUGCGUGAAGAAGGGGCUCUCGGACAGCUGUGUGGACGCUCCCCGCAAGGUGAAGAAGUAUCUUCUAGGGGGCAACGGUUUGGAGAAGACGGCUGCGGGGCCGGGGGACGCCGUGUACGAUUCGAUCGACGGCACGCUCGGCUCCCCGAGCCGCAACGACCAGGCCGAGAUCAACUUCCUGUCGUCCGCCGCAGACUCGGAGUACGCCAUUCUCGGGAACAUCAUCGACCAGACGAUGUUCCAGAACGACGGGAACAGCCACAACCCCGCCAGCACGGCGACCUCGCAGAAGUACGUCAGUCCGGCUCUGAGCACGACGUCCGAGGACUUCGAGUACCUGCACUACCAGCCGUUGAUGGCGCAGAGCAGCGGCAACUCGCCCAUGAGCAUGGGCCAGUCGAGGAGCAGCAUGCGGAUGGAUGACGCUCCGAAGAGCCCCUUUUACUCGGACCUAUACCCGGACAAGCCGCAGUGCGACACGUCCACCAACCAGUACUUCAUCGGAACGAUGUCCACGAUCGACGGCGUCAAAACACACACCUUCCCCGAGGUGGUGAAGCAGAUUGCCAAGUUCAAGAACGAGCACCCUAAGCGGUUCAGGGAGAGGAACAGGAGAAGUGCGAUCUCGUUCAGCAUCGGGAUUCUAGACGACGUGGCCACUGUCGACGGGAACGGUGGCAGAUGCGGGCUGCUGUACCACGAGCCGUGCGAGAUCUACGCCAAGGUGAAGCAGCCGUUCACGUACGUGAAGCCGUACCACGACUUGAACCUCUACCUCAAGUCGAGGUUCCCGAAGAGCGACCUUGUGCAGAUGUCGAAGAGCAUUGCGGAGUACCGGCCGUCGUUCAUUGCCGGGAUGAUCAAGUUGAAGGAGGACGACCUCAUUUUCGCCGAGCAGUGUUUCCAGCGGACGUUGCUCGAGUACGACGGGUACAUUGGGAUCAGCGGGACGCCCACGCUUGUGUGGCGGCGGUCGUCGCAGAUUGCGUAUGUCGGGGACGAGUUCUGCAUCUUGACCGGGUGGUCGAAGGAGAACCUGCUCGGGAAGUCGACGUUUGCGGUGGAGAUCAUGGACGACCGCAGCUGCGUGGAGUACUUCAAGAUCUUCUCGAAAAUCGCCUUUGGCGACAUGUCUGGCGACACCAUCACGGAGUGCACGUUGCUGACGCCCAAGGGCGAGAGCAUCCGCACGAACAGCACGUGGACGCUGAAGCGGGACGUGUUUGGCAUUCCGAUGAUGAUCAUCGCCACGUUCUUGCCCAUCUUGACC